AAGCGACGGGUGUCUAAAUCCUAAAUAAUCUUGGAUUUUGUUGAUCCUUAAGUUAAAAUUUAUAUUAAAAUAUUUUCAGCAAUUUGAAGGACAUCUAUAUUUUGAAAAUAAUGAGUUCUACCUUCGAGUAUUAUUUGGAAAAUAUACUUUGUAACUUGCAAAGUCCUGCGACGGAUCAUGAGGACUUCUACACAGUUCAGGAGUUCGUCCUUAAUUUGGUUAAAAAUAAUCGUUUGGUGAAGUCUACCUGUAAUGUAAAUGGUAUAGGUUUUGGAAGUACGGCUCACGGAAUCAGAAUGUACGACAAUGACGAGUAUGACGUUAUGCUUGAAUUGGAGUUUCCGUACUACGAAAAUAUCUGCGUACGCCCGGAUCUACAUCGUCCGGGAAUGGUACAUCUGGACUUUAAGGACUUACCCUAUAAUGACUUCACUGAGGAUCUGCUGCUGGAUCACCGUUGCUACCUGUUGCGAGAGAAAGUCCAGACUUGGAUGCAGAGCAUUCUAUUAGAUGUAUCUGGCCGAACAGUGAGAGGUAGAGGCAAUAGUUCCUUUUAUCUCAGAUACAAGCCCGGCUAUAAUUGCCACACAAUAUGGGCGGAGUCUGAUAACCAUACCUUCUCCAUUGACUUUAUGCCGGCGAUCAAAGUGAUUUUCGAUGACAUGGACUGUCAGGUGGUGCCAAUGGCUGCUGAAGGACCAAAACGCUCCCAUGGUUGCACAUUUAUGGUGAGCGAUGUCCGGGAAGAGAUACGAUUGUUCGAAGAAGGUGGGAUGUUUGUUCAAAAGGCCGUAAUGCUGUUGAAGGCACUGUGCGAGACCAAAGGUCUCCCUAAGAUCCACAAUUACCAUCUGGUGACGUGUGCCAUUAAUGUAAUAGCACGCGAUGAUUUUGAGGAUUUGAACUUAGAGAAUGUUUUUAUAAAUAUCCUUGGCCACCUGGUUGAUGCACUGGAGGACCAUUCCUUGCCAUACCUUGGCUACAUGGACCGGAAUUUACUCUCCAAUUUUAAGCCACAACAACUCAAUGAAUAUAUUGACAUUUUGGAUAGCGCAUUCACGACUCUAAAAACAUAUCCCCACCAAUAUAAUCUUUCCUAUGAGCGUUGCAGUUCUCACUUUCUAACUGAAUAAGCUGAUUUUUGUAUUAGUUUUUGAUUUAUGUUUCUUUUAAAUACCCAAAUGCGUUUUAAUUUUAUAUUUUUAAUAAUCUUUAUUGAAUUUUAAACUUUAUUUUUGUAAAUAAGCCA